GCAUCGUCCAACCAUUUCCUGGACUCGGCAGCUUCUUCAGCAGACCGAGUAGAGCAAGAACAAGCAGAGGAGUUGUCCAUAUAAAAUGGGGCGUGGCAGGGCACCGUGCUGCGCCAAGGUCGGCCUGAACAGGGGCUCCUGGACGCCGCAGGAGGACAUGCGCCUCGUCGCCUACAUCCAGAAGCACGGCCACCCCAACUGGCGCGCCCUCCCAAGGCAAGCAGGUUUACUGCGGUGUGGGAAGAGCUGCCGGCUGCGGUGGAUCAACUACCUGCGGCCGGACCUGAGGCGCGGCAACUUCACCGCCGAGGAGGAAGAGACCGUCAUCAAGCUGCACGCCCUGCUCGGGAACAAAUGGUCCAAGAUCGCGGCGUCCCUGCCCGGGAGGACGGACAACGAGAUCAAGAACGUGUGGAACACGCACCUGAAGAAGAAGGCGUCGCCGAAGAAGAAGGAGCAUCAGCAGCAGGAGAAGCCAGGCGCCGCCAAGAACAACGCGGCCAACGGAGACUCUGACCCUGCUUCGUCGUCUUCGGCGUCCUCCUCUACGACCAGCAACGAGCCCGAGGACAUGAUCGAUAUCUCGGAGGCGCUUCUCGAAGCGCUCAAGGACAAGGAGGCGUUCCCGGAGGCGGCGCCAAUGUCGAUGUCCUCCUGCUCUUCGUCUUCCUCCCUGACGACGACGUACGCCAGCGGCGGAGUGGAGGAGCUGCUCGAGCUUCCGGAGAUCGACAUGGACGAGAACAUCUGGAGCAUCAUCGACGACGACGACUUCGCCGCCGACCGCCCACAAGGCGAUGCAACAGUGCCGUGUGCCGCCAUUGCGGCGGGCCAAGGAGAAGAAGAGGGAAAGGAGUGGUGGUUAGAGGAUUUGGAGAAGGAGCUCGGCCUGUGGGGACCCACGGAGGAACUCCAGGCCUUUGUGGGCCCAAUGACGGAGGGGGACCCGGUUUGCUCCUACUUCCAGUCCAGGCCCACCACCCCUGCUUCCAAUUCCGCAUAGAAUGUAAAAAAAAAGAAGAAAAACUGCAUAGAAGGUACAGUGAUUUGAUCGGACGGACGGGAUCAAGCAUUACAACUUGGAGAAGUUUUUAACGAAACGUCUGGGUUGUUCAUUUGAUUUCGGUGUUGAAGUAAUUUUCAAGAAAACUGAAAAAGGUUAGGUUAAUUCGAAUGCACAUAUAGAAAUUAAAGGAUUAAGCCAUCAAUAAAAGGCUAAGUAAGUACCUGUACUUUUUAACAGUUUAACCAAGAUGUAAUUUGAUAUGGAUGCAAGAACACUCCAUUGGUGAAAAGCCAGUGCCAAGUGCUAUAUGAAUAUAAUUAUGGGUAUAUGUCGUUUGGUUAA